CCUCCUCCUCUCCCCUCUCUGUCUCUAAUUGGUCAGCCUCUGACAGGAUUACACGAGUUUCCUCAAUUGAACACAGUCAAGUUAAACGCUCGGACAUCCUGCUGGAGACUCUCACGCUUUUGGCUCUAAACAAGACAAAACUGUGUCCACAGUGACUUUUCUCCGACAGUGGCUCAGAUGUGUGUGGAUGACAUUAGAGGACAAGUCUGCGCUGUGAUAUCAGGAUUAAAUGUUGCCUGUGCUGAUGGUCGCUGCUGCUGCUGCUGCUGCUGUAACACUAAUGACUAAUGUGGUGUCUUUACACACGUCCGCAUUUCACUGAAGCUGCCCGUCAACUUUCUUUAGUUUAGACCGCAAGUCGUCAUGAUGACUCGGAUUUUCUGGGAUACAAUUUUUCUCAUAAGCGGUACUUUUAGUAUGUCUGUGGUACUCAACGGUUCCCUCUUUACAUUUGGAGCAGGGCCGAGCAACUCCACGAUUAUUGAAGCCAGCAUUUCUAUCGAUACAAGCUCCACCGCUGCUCCCAGCACCUCAACCAGCAGCUCUGCGGCGACCAGCAGCAGGAGCACAACGGCCACAACUAUUGCAUCUGCUGCAACAACGAGCAUCCUGACAGUUAGAGGUUCCCUCUUUACAUUUGUAGCUGAGCCGAGCAACCCGACAGUUACUGAAGCCAGUGUGUCCAUUGAUACAAACUCCAGCGCUGCUCCAAACACCUCAACAAGCAGCUCUGCAGCACCCAGCAGCAGCAGCAGGAGCACAACUACCACAACUACUGCAGCUGCUACAACAACCAGUGUCCCUCCAGUUAAAAAGUUCGUGGCAGCGGCUGUUCGGUCUCAUUUUGAUGACUGUCCAGACUCCCACCGCCAUUUCUGCUUCCAUGGCACAUGUCGCUUCCUGAUACUGGAGGAGACGCCUGCAUGUGUGUGUCAUCAAGGCUUUGUUGGGAUGAGGUGUGAGCAUGCAGACCUGCUGGCUGUAGUAGCGACUAAUCACAGACAACAGACAGUUGCCACAGUGCUGGUGUUGUGUGUGAUUGGCUGUGUUCUCAUCAUGGUGUUGUGUACACUUUUACAUUGCUGGUGGAGGCAGGACUGUCGCAGGCGGAGCCAUGCACAUCACUACGUCCCAGAGAAGCAUGGAGCAUCCUGCCAUCCUUCUGAGAGCGUGGUUUGAGAAGACAUCAUGCUGAAACACAAGCUGUUUGCAUCAUGGCGUGUUUAGUUUUCCUUAUCUGUCUGGCCCACAAAUCCUCAGGAUUUCAUCCAAAGUGGUAUUCACAUGUUCUGAUCACGCAGACCAGCCCAGAGGUGAAGAAGCAUCACCACCAACCUGGCUGAGGUAGGCCUGCUUGAUGUGGACGGUUAAAUGUUCCAGGACACUUUUUUCCCACUGACUGGGACUUCUGCAGCCGAGGAACAUGUUUACUUGACUCUUUGACUUAAUGGAGAUACACACAGAACAGUCUGUUUGAAGCUCUGAGGAUGAAGCUGCUGCCAAAUCCUACAUGCGAAGAGCUCCGCGUGUGUCCUGGUUACUGUUUAUGGCUGGCCCUAGAGGAUGCGAGAGACGAUCUAUGAGGCCAUUAAUCAUCCUGAGUGG